GUGGCGACAAGCGGUUACGUGUAGUGCGAUCGAAUUCUCAAGAUGACAAGGCUUGAUCGACAAGAUCUGUUCCUCCUGAUUUCAAGCAAUCUAGUUACAGAAGAACUUAGGAAUCUUCGUAACUAUGUUGCUGGUGAUAUUUUAGCGGAAGGGUUCGUCGAAAAAGCUAACGCUCACGAGAUCUUCAAACAGUUGGAAAAAGAAAACAAGUUGAAACUGGGAGAUCUUUCCCUUUUGGCAGACAUCUUGAAAAAAAUCGGGAGACAUGACUACGCUAAAAAGGCGGAACAGGUUGCUGCAGAUGAACAAGAAGGUGCAAGUACCAGUAGGAAGAGCAAAGUAACGAAGGAUGCCAAGCACACACUGUUGAAAAAAAGUAAGGGGUGUUAA